AUGUCACAAACCACUCCUGAUGUUUCUGAUAUCCGUUUACAAAGGAUCACUCCUGUUGAUGGCGAUGAUGAGAUUGACAUUCCUGGAACUCUCCAAGAGCAUUGUGUCGACUUCGAAUGGACCAUUGUUCGUCCCCUGUGCAUGAUUCCUGAGAGCUGGCGUCAAUCAAGCUCAAGCCCUGAUGUCCUGUUGGAGAUUUUGCACGUCAAAACAGGAAUUGACUGGACCAAAAAGGUCCCAAAAACGGACACAGGUGCACCUUCUCACCCAAGUGCAGAGAGCCAGCUUGAAUCACACUUUCUCUUUGGGCAGGAGCCGCAGAGCUGUCUAGGGAUCAUUGACGCUACAAGGCGGGAAGUAAGGGACUUAAAGCUAGCCACUAAGAGCUUGGAGGGUAUCUUGAAGUCGGCCUCCAAAGGUGGGGAAUGUUUGUUUGCAGACAUACUCGGCAAAUAUCUGAGAGAUUACCAUACCACCUUGGGGGAUGUCAGAAAAGAACUUCACUCUCUAUGGGAGAACCGAACUCAUUGUAUCAUGGCGACACUCAUGCUACCCAAGAGCUCCAAGGAGGGUGAAGAAUUUAUUAAGCAGAUCAUGUGGCACAUCUCAAGAUCAAACUGUCAACUGCAUAUCACCAACCAACAACUCUGGAGUGCAAGAAAGAGCUUGCGGAAGGCCUUUCUCAGCCUGAAUGAUGCGGCUCAGGACCUCUCUGAAAGAACGAGUAUUGAUUGCCCUCCACCUUCUCCUCUCCCCUCUGAGUCUGAACCAGCCAAUAUGCUUCCCCAAUUGAUGUGA